AUGCGUGAUCGAGCAGCAAAAUUACAAAAAGAAAAAGAACGUGAUGAAAGAAAACAACAAGGUCAAGAACGAAAAAAGAAAAGUGAACAAGAUACAGUCCUCAAUGUUGUUAAAAGUCGAAAUAUUCAUAUACAAGAAGAUCCAAGUAUUGAUAUAUUUAAUAUUAGUUCAAAUCCCGCGGGAAGUUGUAUAAAAUUAAAUGAAUCAGAUCAAACAUUAACAUUCCCAGUUGUCUUUCUCUAUCCAGAAUAUGGACAAACAGAUUAUAUUAAAGAAUUUCAUGAGGAUACAAAACUUAUUGAUCAAUUAGCUAUAAUGUUCGGAUCACGUGCACCUUGGGAUGAAGAAGGAAAAUAUACACUUGAUCGAAUGAAUGUCUAUUAUGAAGAUCAGAAGAGACAUGAAUUAAAAAUCGUUCCAUCUGAUAAAACAUUACUUGAAACACUUCAAUUACCAGGAUUUGUUGUUCAACUCGGUAUGCCAAGCUUAAUGAUCAUGGUACCUAACUCUCCGUUUGCUAAACAUUAUUUAAAAAUGCAUGCAACUUUGUGA